GCUACUCUGCCAAAGCUGAUCAGUUGAGUUAUAGCCGUUAGUUAGGUUUCCACUUCUCCCCCUUCCAACUUUGCAAAAUCACAAAAACUUCCCACCAUGCCGAGUAUUGAAUCCAUCAAGAAGGCACCAAGAGCCCACGGCUUCGCCUCCAUUUUGGCCAUCGGUACGGCGAACCCCGAAAACUUCAUUGAACAAUGCCACUACCCCGACUUCUACUUUCGUGUCACCAACAGCGAGCACUUGGUCGACCUCAAGAAGAAAUUCCAACGCAUUUGUGAUAGGACAGCAAUCAGAAAGCGCCAUUUCGUGUGGAACGAAGACCUUCUCAGAGCAAAUCCUUGCCUCCGCAAAUAUAUGGACAAAUCUUUGAACAUAAGGCAAGAGGUUGCUAUAAGAGAGAUACCGAAACUGGGGGCGGAAGCGGCCACCAAGGCGAUUCAGGAAUGGGGGCAGCCUAAGUCCAGUAUAACGCACCUCAUCUUCUGCACCACGAGCGGGAUGGACUUACCUGGUGCUGACUUCCAACUAACCCAAAUCCUCAGCCUCAACCCGAACGUCCAACGUGUCAUGCUCUAUCAACAAGGAUGCUUUGCUGGCGGAACCACGCUCCGCCUCGCCAAGUGCCUUGCCGAGAGCCGCGAGGGUGCACGAGUGCUAGUGGUUUGCGCGGAGACCACUACGGUGGUAUUUCGUGCACCAUCUGAGGAGCACCAGGAUGACCUUGUGACGCAAGCUUUAUUUGCCGAUGGUGCCUCCGCAGUUAUAGUGGGGGCGGACCCAAAUGAGGCGGCUCACGAGCGGGCGAGCUUCAUCAUAGUGUCGACAUCUCAAGUCUUACUGCCCGACUCUACGGGUGCUAUUGGAGGACAUGUAAGUGAGGGCGGCCUAACAGCCACGCUCCAUAGAGAUGUACCGCAGAUUGUUUCUAAGAAUGUUGGCAAGUGCUUGGAAGAGGCUUUCACCCCAUUCGGCAUUUCAGAUUGGAACUCAAUCUUCUGGGUGCCGCAUCCCGGCGGUCGAGCAAUUCUAGACCAGGUGGAGGAGAGGGCGGGGUUGAAGCCGGAGAAAUUGUCGGUUUCCAGGCAUGUGCUUGCAGAGUACGGUAAUAUGUCGAGUGUCUGUGUGCAUUUUGCUCUUGAUGAGAUGCGGAAAAAAUCAGCAAAAGAAGCUAAGGCUACUACUGGCGAGGGUCUUGAGUGGGGUGUGCUGUUCGGGUUCGGUCCAGGCCUCACUAUCGAAACUGUCGUUCUCCACAGUGUCCCUAUUUAAUGUUGAACCUGCAGUAUCAUUGUUGCGGGAAUUCGCUGUUAAUGAAUUCAUCCUACAGUUAGGCUUCCUACAGUUGGGCUUAAAGCCGCUCUUUAUUUUAUUUUGGCUAUUCUGUUUGAUUUUUUGUUGUUUUUGUUGUUUUUGCUUUUUUUUUCCUUUUUUUUAAUAUGGUUCGAAUAUUUUAUA